AUGCCUAACGCUCUUGGUGACAAUGGCGGCAAAUUGCCGAGCUUCCUUUCUAACGGCAACUUUGCCAGCAAUACCUCAUUCCCAACCAAGGAAGCACAUCAUAACACCAGUGGGAAAGAAACAUCACAGCCAACGGUCAAGCAUGUUCCUAAACCCUGGGUCUCACAACGAUGUACAAAUCAGGCUCGUCCACUCAAGGUCAUCUACAUUGGUGCCGGGAUUUCCGGCAUCUGCGGUGCCAUUGAGUUCAGAAAGAAAGUCCCUAAUCUGGAGCUUGUCAUCUAUGAGAAGAAUCCUGAGCUCGGCGGGACAUGGUAUGAGAAUAGAUAUCCUGGUUGUGCUUGUGACGUCCCUGCACACGCAUACCAGUUGACCUCCGAGUCCUCCCCUCGGUGGACUUCCUUUUUUGCCUCUGCACCUGAAAUCCUUCAGUAUUGGAAAGAUGUUGCCACUAAAUAUGAUAUCAGGAAGCACAUGAGGUUCCAACAGAAGUGUACUGGUGCUCGGUGGAGCGAGACCACCAAUAAGUGGUUUGUCCAGCUCAAAGACUUGACGACAGGUCUUGAGUAUGAAGACUCCGCCGAUGUGCUUGUUACAGGCGAAGGCGUUUUGAAUGAGUGGAAAUGGCCUGAUAUCAAUGGUAUCAAGUCUUUUCAGGGCCAGCUCCUUCAUAGUGCAAACUGGGAUGCCAACGUUGAUCUCAAGGAUAAGUCAGUCGCUGUUAUUGGAAACGGCAGUAGUGGACUCCAGAUUGUCCCCGCAAUACUACCUGAUGUCAAGCACAUGGAUCACUACAUACGCGGCAAAUCCUGGAUCGUCGGUCUCUUUGGAGAUCCAGAGACGAGACAGCGUAUCAAAGAAGCGGGAGGUAACUUCCAGUACUCCUCAGAUGAGAUUCAAAACUGGGAGACAGAUCGAGAGGCAUAUCUGAAGUACAGACGCUCCAUCGAGCACAACAUCAACAAGAACUUUGGUGUUCUCUUCAGCGGGACCCCACAACAGACUAACCUUCGGCUUCUAGCUCAGGAGUCCAUGAACCAAAGACUCAAGGAGAGACCUGACAUCUAUGAGCACCUUCAACCUGACUUCUCUCCUUAUUGCAAGCGCAUGUCACCUGGACCAGGAUACCUUGAGGCCCUGGCAUCUCCAAAGGUUGACACCAUAACCUCUGGCAUCACCAAGAUUGAUGAGACAGGAAUCUUCACUGCAGAUGGUCAACACCAUCCGGUCGAUGCAAUUAUCUGCGCGACGGGCUUCCAAACCUCACCCGCCAGCCGAAGCUUUCCCAUUUAUGGUGUUGGUGGAGUAAACUUACGUGAGCGCUUCCAAAAACGCCCAGAGACAUACCUGAGCGUCUGCACAGAUGGUUUCCCCAACUUCUUCCAAUCAAUGGGUCCCAAUUCGAUGCCUGGUGCAGGCAGUCUCUUGCUUGUGAUCGAGAAGACAAAUACCUACAUCGCCAAGAUCCUAGCUCGAAUGGCAUAUGACAACAUCGCGCGCAUUGAGCCAAAGCGAAAUAUGGUUCAAGCGUUCACCGAUUACUGCGAUAACUUCUUCAAACAAACUGUCUUCGCAGAGGAGUGCAAUUCUUGGUACAAGACAUACGAGACUGGUGCUUCGCGUGAGGAGCAGAAGCGUGGACGGAUCACGGCACUGUGGCCAGGUAGCAGUUUGCACUGCGUGCGGACUUUGAGUCGUCCUCGGUGGGAAGACUUUGAGUACAAGUAUUGUGAUGAUAAUGAGUUUGGGUGGUUUGGAAAUGGAUGGACGCUGGCGGAGAAAUUUGUUACCGAUGAGUUGGAGUCCUUGACGUGGUACCUAAAUGACACCAAUGUCAUGGAGAAGAUAGUGGCAUAA